AUGAUGCGAGAGUUAUUGUACUCUCUUGUGGCGCUGAGCGCUGUGGCUGUGACAUUCCUCGUCCUAGUCACAAGGUUUGCCUUGGUAGAAACCACUCUUUGCUCCCUUCUGUCCCGAGCGUUGAGGGGUCCCAGCUUUGAACAGACCCAGUCAAAUGCACAGAAGUGCCGCGUGGAACGACGUAAACAAGGCGUCCACGUUUAUAACGUGCGCCUGGCCAAAGCAGCUCUUCAACAGGCCUGUUGUGGCACAUUCCAUUUAUCAGAGCUCUAUGUGGCGUACAUCGAGCUUGUGGACGCUGAGGAACAGCAGCUGGCUGAGCAGAAGUUGGAGAGGCAGCUGCGCGCUGAGAAGCUGGCGACAGUGGAGGAUCUUCUUUGGAACACGUGGUGCUUCAGCCACAGGGCUCUGGCGCGGUUCUGCCACCGCGCACUUGUCAUAUGCACUCAGUGCCUAGAAGUGACGGUGGACGAUCUGCAGCUGGAGGGAGGCGGCGCUGCUACCUGGUGGGACUAUUUGUGCGCGCCAAGCACAGUCACCAGGUUCCUCAUCUACGCGGCGCCGUCCAGCGCGAAGGCUGAGGUGGCGGGCCUCAGCCUGUCCCUGCGCAGCUACGAUGCGCGGCAGCCGUCCCCCUCGCACCCGCAACCCACAGCUGGGUCGGCUGCAUCCAGCGGCCAUGCCACCCCAACCCAUCCCCCCUUCUCGGUCGGGCUGCCUGCCACAGCAGCGGCCACGCACACGUCUGGCCACGCACCGGCCGGCGCGCAGCCGUUCCUGCGGCGCAAGCGGUUUCGUGCAGCUUCAGUUCCUACGCCAGGAGCGGUGUCCAGUGCAUCGGCUUCGGAUGUCCCAGCGCGAGCAGGGCCGCGUGAGCGGGAGCCCCCUGUGGAGGAGCACAUGCUGGUGCAGCAGUGGGGCUUCAGCCUGACUGGCAGCAUGGCCCAGGAGGCCAAGCCCUCCAUGUACACUAACCCCCUUUAUGCAUCCGAGGAGACUUCCACCUCCUCGUACAGCGAUACAGUGGAAGCAUUGGAAGACUUGCGGCACACAGUGUCGUCCAUACCGGAGGCGGACGAAGUUGUAGAGCCGGUGGCAUCCCCAGAGUCAGUGAAGCGGAGAGUGCAGGGAGACACCGGCAACAGUAAAGCCUUUGCAUCCCCAGGUCGCCCGCCAGGCUUGAACGGCUUGGCCGGGCUCGGCAUGGCAGACGGCCACACAGGUUUUGAGAAGCCGUGCAAGGUGCGCGCCGAGCCGGAGGAGUCAUGCAUGGUGGAGGUGGAGCUGCUACUGCGCGCAUUUGUGCCGGUGCUGAGCGCGCAGUCUGCGGCUGUUGCCCUCCGCAUGCUAGAGCGGCUGCAGCAGUACGAGCAGUAUGAGCGGUUCUGGAGAGUGCGGCCGCAGGUGGCGGUGACAGCAAAGCCGCAGGCAUGGUGGCAGCAUGCCGGCCAUGCUCUGAAGCAGGAAUGUCGCACAAUCAGCCGGCGGCAGGCCUCGCUUCACAGCCUGGACGCCCGCCGUGAGAAUCGCCUGCGCUACCAGGCAAGCCUCCGCCUGCCCUCACGAUGGACGGGGAAUGCGCUGUAUGCAAAGAUGAGCGCCAGCCUGGGCAGCUUCCACGAGCCGUCGCGGCGCUGGUGGCAGCAGCGGCGCGUGUCAGCUGCCAGCAAGGCGGAGCGCGCGGGGCUGGCUGCGUUGGAGGCCCGGCUCAGCCUGGAGGAGGUCGCGCACUUCCGAGCCGGCGUCGCAGCCGUGCACAGCCGCCGCCUGGCUGGCAACUACGCCGUCCUGCAGCACGCGAUGGACGCGGUGGAUGCUGUGGUGGGCACCCCCGCCAGGGUGCCCAAGCCGGUGGAGGCAAUGCUGUUCCAGCGGUGCACGCGGGGGCUGGAGAAUGCCAAGGCGUCCCCAGUGACUGUGCGCAUGCGCGUGGCCUGCCCCAAGCUGGGCCUGCAGCUGGCGGUGGGCGAGGAAUGGAUGGCGCUGACGCCGCGCGUGCCGGAAUCGCCCUUCCACACCCUGGAGGCCGCCAUUCGCGACGCGACGCUGGUGUGUGAGUCGAUGGCAGUGGGAGGGCUGGCCACGCUAGACGAGCCCUUGCCGGCGCUGGUCAUGCAGAGCCCCUCCAAGCACUGCAUGCGACUGCUGGCCGUGGCCGACCUCCAUGCGGCCGCCUGCCGCGUGCAGAGCAGCGGGGCCUUCGGCGCCGGCAGCUUCCUCACGCUGCGUGUCGGCCGGCCCUGCGGCGGCCGGGAGACCCCCUGCGACUCCGGCAAGGGCAACAAGGAGUGGUCCCUCGCGCAGCCGCUCGGCAUGCAGGUCGAGGUGGAGGCAGCCGGCAUUGCGGUGCUGCACAACACCGACGUGGUGGUGGCAGCGCUGUCGUUCUGCGGCGAGCUGGACCGCAUCAGGCACAUGCCUUUGGCGUGGCCGGCAGCCUCCGCGCCUGCACAUGCUUCUGCUCACACGCCGAUGGACCCGUUGCAGCCGCAGACGCUGUCGCAGCGCGCGAAGCUGGCCUUCACGCUGCACAAGCUGCCCAUCCGCCGCAAGCUGGCCAUUCCCCUCACCUCCAUCCGGCUCUCCUGCCCGGGCAUUGUGGGCGUGAUCCAGUACCAGCACAAUGUGAGCAACAACCCUGGAGCGUCCAAGAAGGACGUGGGCAGCGGGCCCUCUGGCGCCACUGCACAGCCGGCACCUGGUUCGGAGUAUGAGCUGGUGGCUGCAGUGUCAGGCAUCCGUGCGCAGGUGUACGGAGAGGACUUUCAGGACUUCAUGCACCGCGGCGCCACACAGAGGAGCAGUAUACACUCUUAUAUUGACCUCUUCUGCUACCAGGCCCCAGCCUCCAGGCGGCGGGGUGAUGCGCUGCAGCGGCGGCUGCUGAGUUUCCGGACGGUGGCAGCGCGCAGCCUCUUCCUGCGGCGCGAGUCCUCAGAAGACCUGGGCUCGCAGGAGGCCGCCGACCCAGACAUGCAGGCCAUGGCCCAAGUCUGGGGCCACCCAGAGGACCUCCACCUGUACCCGGGUCCGGAGCUGCAGGAGGAGCACCGGCUGAAGGGGCAGCAGGACAGGCGCGCGAGCUUCGUGUCCAGCGCCAGCGGCGGUGGGGCGCACCGAGCCAGCAGCAGCGGAGGCCCCUCUGCCGAGGAUACCUGCCCUCCCUUCCCCCUGGUGCCUCUGCUCAAGGUGGCGAGCAUGCAUGCAGAGCUAUCGCAGAAGGUAGUCCUGGUCCCCACCGCGCCCACCAGCCUCAACGCCAGCCUGGCCCUUGGAGCCAUCGGCAUCAUGGUGUGGGUGUCGCCGUGGCAAGUGGCGCAUGUGCUGUCCAUCGUGCGCACGCUCCAGGGCGACCUGGCGCCUGCCUGGCAGCCAGCGGCUGCCCGGUCAGCGCCUCGUCAGCGCGCCAGCUCGCGGCCCUCCUUCAUGUCCUCCUCACAUCUCCAUGUCGCCUGCACUCUGGAUGUGCCGCUCAUCUCCGCCAUUGUCAUGGUGUCGAGGGAUGCCAGCAGUGCGGUGGCGGGCACUGAUGGGGCGACCCGCUUCAGGCGGUGGGAGUGGGGGCGCCAGAUCAAGGAGGGGCAGGCAGCACACGCCUGGAGCCGCUUCCUCACCCCUCUCUACGGCAUGCAGGUCAUCGGCCUGCUGGCCAGCGCCACAUAUGCAGGCACGGGGCGGCUGCGCGCGCGGCUGACCAUGGACGGCGUCCUUGUGCGCGACCUGCAGCUGCGCCCUAGCUCCAAGUUCGCGUUCCUGCUGCGACCGCUGCCGGCGCGCGCUGCCCAGCUGGACAGCUACGCCACGUCCUUCCGCCGCCGCAUCCUCCGCGUCAUCGGCACCUCCAAGGCCAAGAAGCGGUGGAACCGGGCGACGCGCAUGAUAGUGCUGCGGCUGCGAGCAAAGCAGCGCAUGUUCUUUGGGAUGAUGCAGUCGGGCGUGAAGGCCGUCAGCUUCCUCAGCAGCGGCGUGCUGGGCCCGCAGCUGUCCCUGGUGUUCACCUUGGCGCCCCCGCAGCUGCCCUCGCGCGGCCACGGACCCCGGCCGCAUGCCGAGCCCGCCGACUUGCAGAUUGAGAUCGGGCAGAUGCUGACUAACCUACGAGUCAGCACCAACAACAUGCUGCUGCCCUUCACUGCGCAGAUCCUUUCCCUGCUGCAGGACACUGGAUUCCACAAGACAAUGGGUGAGGAAAGCAGCGAGGAAGAGGUCAAAAGUCCCAGGCGCAGCGGCGGCAUGGCCUUCCCGGGUUUGAAGAUGCAGCUGGGCAUGGUGGGCCUGGACAUGGUGCUGCUGGUGAUGGGGAGGGAGCUCGUGUCCUUCAAAAUCGUGGACGCGGCGCUCACUGUCGAUGUGACAUCCGCCAGCGAGGCAGAAAACGGUAGCAACCCCAGCGCUGUCACCAUCGGCCUCACUGCAAGGCCGGAGCACAGCAUGGUGCUGCGACCCAACAGCGCUUCGGAGAGCUGCAGCCUGACGCUGGAGUACACGCAGCCGGUCAAGCGCAACCAGCCGCCCUCGCUCAUCAUCGAGAUGGCCAACCCGCGCAUGCUCGUCCUGUUCAGGUUCCUGCAUGACAUCCUGUUCGGAGUCCACAUCAUCACCAAGGGCCUCAAGGGCAGUGCUGGUCUUCUGGAGGAGCCAGGGACUGCCAGGGCCCCUCUCACACCGCAGCCUGUUCAGAAACCUGCUGCUCCAACUGAUGACGAGCAGCUGCUGCCGCUGCAGCUGCUCAUCUUUGUGACGAACCUCAGCGUCCUGCUGCCUGCUAGCUCGAAGUCCAGGCAGGUGCUGGAGUGCGACGCAGACACGCUGAUAGUGGGCGUGCCUGGUUUGGCGCUGCCAGACUCGGCGCUGGCCACGGCGCUUCUGCCCUCCGUGCCUGACAUGGUGGAGGCCAGCCUGCGUGGCAGCCGCCUCGCGCGCAAGGUCGCCCGCCCCGCCCCGCCCCCACCCGAGGGACAGCCUGACAAUGCAGCUGUGAAUGACGGUGGGGAGGGGCAGGAACAUGACGACAGCAAGGAGGAAGACGCUGGGGAUGACGAGCACCUGGAAGUGCACAACUCCGACAGCGUCUUCACGAAGGCCAUGAAAAACUUCUCGCAGUGGGAGGCCCGGGAGGAGCGGCGUCUUCACAAGGACCUGCAGCGCCACCGGAAGGGCGUCCUUUUCCUGGGGGACCCGCCCCCUGACCCUGUGCUGCCCAAUGCCGACGCGGGCGUGCUCCACGUCCCGGAUCAGGCAGUCGCCGCACAGGAGAAGGAAGCCCGCCUUCGCACGCGGCGCAGUGCUUUGCAGCACACACCGUUUGCGGACGUGAAAGGCAAGCGGCGGGCGGGCCCCAGCCGGCUGGCCGGCAGCGGCGCGGGAGGGGAGGGGAAAGAUGUGCUGGCAGGGGUGGAUGUGGCGAAGGCGCCUGGUUUGGCGCUGCCCGGCCGGGUGCCCAGCGCUCCUGCCGAGCUGCCCAGCGGCGUCCGCUGCCACAGCAUGUCAGAGGAGCCGCCGGAGGUGAUGGUGGCCAUUCUGGCUGAUGGCCUGGUUGUGCGCUGCGCCUCUCUCGGCCCAACUGUGGCCGCGCCAUCUCGGCGGCGCACCCGCUUCUGCCCCAACACCGUGGACGUGUUUGCGUGGCCCAUGGACCAGUACGACCUCACCAGCAGAGCGCCGUUCAUCCACCAGGCAAACUACGCGAUGGUGAUGUUUGAGCAGCGCGACGGGGGCCGACCCUACACGCAGCUGCACCUGACAGCGUCCACGUUAGCAGCCGCGUUGAACAACGCAAACUACAGCGCGCUGCUCGGCUUCGCGCAGGGCAACCUGGCCGAGAUGUCCUCGUUUGCGCGCGCGGAGCGCCGGCCGCCGCCGCAGCCGGAGCAGCGCACGACCUUUACCGACUCCUUCUGCUUCGAGCCGCCCGCCGGGGACCGCCCCUCCUUCUACAUGACCGUCUCCGCGCCGGACCUCACGGUUGUGCUGGAGGCGGAGCCAAGGGAGUGGCAAUCAGAGUGCUCCAUGCAGGGCCGUGCGCCGGACCAGCUGCACCCCUUCCUCAAGACCCGCUUUGAGGACGUGGCCAUGGACCUCGCCGUACUGCAGGGGUCGUGCGCGACGCACAUGAGCAUAACAGCCGCCACAGUGAAGGCCGACGACCUGCGCCUGGCCUACUCUGGCGCACUGCGCCACCUGGAAAUAGUCCGCGACGGCGUCUCCGCCUUUGCUGCCGGCAGCGCCUUUCCUGCAAGUGGGGCCGGUGCGGGCAGCGGCGCAUUCUGUGGCAGCGGAGGGGGCGAUAGCGCCUCUGCGGCGACCGGCCCAUCCUGGGAGCGAGUCGCGAGCCGCCUGGGCGCCUCAAAUGUGGCGACCACCCCCCAAAUGGCGCCAGCCGCGGCCGGCCCGGCUCGGCUCGGCAUGGGCGAUCUCCUGCUAGAGCGCUGCACUAGCAUCAGCGCUGCCAAAAAGACCCCGCGCUCCGCGCAGGGCCUCGCAGCAAGCCAGCGUGCGUUGACGCUCGGUGCCUCCGGGUCGCGCAGCCCGCUGCGGCCGCUGCAAGGGACGCCUGCUUCCGCGGAUGGGAGGUCUGCUCACAGCGGCGCUGCCGGGACAUCAAGGCCGCCCAUCGACCCCUCCAGCAGCCAGCAGGGUUUGGCCGCGCGUGCCAAGCGCGCGGCAGCAGCCGCGCCGCCGCAGCCGGCGUACAUGGCAGUGGUGGAGGUGGCAAGCGAGCCGGAGCUGAGCACGGCGUUUCCGCAGGGCGCGCCGGUGGUGCACCUGAUCCGGUCGCCGGCCGUGCUGCAGAAUAAGGAAGCCGCGCACCUGACGCCCGACGAGUGCACCAACAUGCCCCAGGGCGCCACCCUGGAGGUGGCUCUAAGCCUGAUGAAGGAUGGCACGGUGGCAAUACAGGCAGCGCUGGCGCAGGCGCAGCUGCAGUGGCCCUUCCUGCAUGACAUUUCCCUUGUGUCGGCCAUCACCUCUGUCUUUCUGCCGGCCGCCGCGGCCGCCCCCGGCGGAGACGACUUUGCGGCCGCGGCAGCAGCCGGCGCGGUUGCGCGCGCUCUGCAGCCCGGGCCAUGGCUCUACUUCAACCUGCUCCUUGUCAACUCGGCGCUGUUCACACCCGUGGCCACAUUUGACAUCGUCAGGCAGAAGUUUGGCGCUGGAGCCGUGCACACCAGCCUGCACGAUCGCCUGGCCGGAGUCCUCCUGGUGGCAACAGCGCUCAGUGGAGAGAGCCCAGACACUGCGAUGCGGCUGGAGCAGAAGGGCCUGGCGGCCAGCUGGUCGGGACUGCGCUUUGCAUACGCAGCCGGCGGCGACGGCGAGUCGGACCUGCGCCUGGACCUGCGCAACUUUGCCGCGUUUGUGCGGGAUCCGGCCGCGCUCGUCACCUGCCUUCUCCUGCCGCACAGCUGUGCCGUCCGCCUGGAGAUGCAGAUUCCGCACACCUCCGAAACACCGCCAGGUGGAGAGGAAGCGCAGCCGAGCGGGCGCGCGGAGCAGAGCAAGGCGCAGCUGUCCGCUGCGCUGGCCGAGAAAGACCGGGCCAAGCGCGCGGCUGAGCGCGUGCAGCACAGCAAGGAGGAGGGCGCGGCCGUCAUCAUUCAGCGCGCGUUCAGGCAGUGGCGCUGGCGGCGGCGGAAGCGCAAGUCCAGCAAGGCGGAGGAGGAGUGGAUGCAGUCGACCGGGGCGGAGGUGCUGCGGCGGCUGGGGCGGCCACCGCUGAAGAUGCCCACCUCGACCGAGGACAGCCUGAUCGAUGAGCUUGUCAUGAAGGUGGCCUCCCCACGCACCAAGGACCUGCUCCAGGACUACGCCGAGCAGUACAAGGCUGAUGACAAGGCGCGGGUUGUGGCGGUGAAUCAUGCGCCCACGAGUGUGCGGCUGCGCGCGAAGCUGGGCUCGCUGACUCUGCGCGCUGCCUUCUCGCACAUCCCCCUCCUGCACUCUGCGCAGUGGAUGCUGCAGUCCGUCUGCCUCGCAGCGGACGCCACCAACGGCGACCUGGCCGCUGCCACCGCCGCUGUUGGCCAGGAGGUGGGCUUCCGGCCGAGCCAGCUGCGCGUGGACGCGGCGGUGCGCGCGGUGUCACUGGUGCUGUGCAACGACAAGCUGAGCACAUACGGCGCCCCGGACGUGCUGCAGGUGGGGCGGGUGAUGAUGCGCCUGUGGGCGUCCUUCCUGAACAACAGCAGCAGCCGCUGGGAGCCCAUCUGGGAGAACUGGCCUCUGCAGCUGGAUCUGGUGGACAACGUCUCGCCCAUCUACCGCUCUGACUUCAGCAGGCGGGUGUGGGUGGGCUCAGAGGAGCAUUUGAACGUGCAGUUUAACCCAGCCGCGCUGCUGAGUCUGGGCGACGCGCGCACCUUUCUUGAGGCGCUCUCCGACGUUGAACCUCGCUCCCCCGUCGUUCCCAGAGGCGGCCCGACGCCGUCCACGGUGUCGACGACGAGCCGGCUGGCGCAGCUGGACGCGGCGCCGCAGAUGGCGGAGCAGAUGGCGCAGCGCGGAUCCAUCACCAGCCGCGUGCCCCAGAAGUACCUGAUCCAGAACCAGUCCGGCCUCACCGUCUUCUACUGGGCCGACCCCGGAGAGGGCGUCCAGCGGACGUUCAGCCUGGAGAGCGGGGCAAGCGAGACGCUCAAGGUGGCGCCGACGCGCAAGGUGCUGAAUGUGAGCACCUUCUCCAAGGGCGGGUCCAUCGAGAAGGUCGGCAACGUUAUCAACCUCUACUUCGAGGGCAAUUGGAUGCCCAUCAAGGACGUGGCGGUGAGCGUGGUGGGCAAGUACCGCUACUUCAUGCACUCACCGGCGGAGCACGACAGCGUGCCGGUCAUCGUGGAUAUCAUCCUGGUGGGCCGCACCAAGAUCAUCACUCUUCACUCCUCCAUCUGGCUCGACAACCGAACUGACCGCCGAGUGGCCUUCCGUCUGCAUGUUCCCAUCACGCCCCUGGUCGCUCCCGUGGCCGAGGCGCCCGGCACCUCUUCUUCUGCCGAUUUCAAGACUGCCGCCGCCAUCGGGCCGCUCUGCCCCGGCGAAGGGGUUUACCUGCCGCUGACGGCGGUGCUGGGGGGGCUGCUCUUUGUGCAGCCGGAGGGGUAUGAGGAGGCCAGGCGCGACGUCAUCCGGCUGAGCGCUGACGUGGACGCGCUGGUGGCGCAGCAGGGCUACAUCACCUGCGAUCCCCUGGACCCCCUGGAGGGGGGGCCCAUGGAGCCCCACCCGCUCCACUGCAGCCUCCUCGUCAUCCCCGCCCAGGUGAACUCGGAGUUCCAGGCGUUCAAGCACAUAAAGAUCACAGGGCCGGGGGAAAUGGCGCGCGCGACCAAGUCGCUCGAGGCCACCCUGGCACUGCAGCCGACGCUCAUCCUCACCAACUCCCUCCCCUGCUCCCUAGACGUCGUCGUCUGGCAGGUGGCACCCUUCAGGAAGCUGCGGAGGCAGAGCUCCCAGGGGCGCACCAAGAAGCUCGCCAACUACCUGAAGUAUGACAUGCGCCAGAUGCACGUCGCCUUCACCGGGACCGUGCCGCUGACUGCUGACGAUGAGGAGGAGCUUGCACAUGCACGCAUGGGAGAGGAGGGGAACGCCCCUGCCUCCGACGAGGAGGCAGAGCAGGCGGCCGGCCGCAACGGCGUGGAUGGGCGCGACCGCGGGCAGUACAUCACCGUGUCCCUCAAGCCGGGCGUUGCGCAGAAUGUGUACGCGAACAUGGAGGGCAACGUGCUGGUGCACGUGUCGGCGCCGGCGCUGGGGCUGUCAUCGGCGCACUGGGCGGUGGUCAGCUGGGGCCAGUCUCAGCUGACGCGCGAGAGCGUCUAUGACGCCAAGUACAUCUACCGGCUGCCCAAGGAGAUUGUGCUGCAGCAAGCGCACCUGCCUGACACAGCACGGCCCCCCAAAGCCAGCACGGUGGCGCGCUUCACAGCUGCUCUGAAGCUCGCCGGCCGCCGCUUCCGCGCCGACGUCGCCCGGCAAGGGGCCAAAUUCGGCAAGGUCGCCGCGGCCGCUGGCAAGCAGUCCAACAUCCUCAAGCUGCAGGGGAGCGAGCGGCGCACGAGCGGCGUUCUGGGCAUCCGCCUUGUGUUCACCAUGUGGAGUGGGGGAGGCGCGAGCGUUUCAGGGCCCAGGAGGCCGCAACCUCUGGAGGUGCACCAUCAGCGCGGCGGGUCGGGCUUCAUCGGCCCGGCCAGCCCCACCAGCCCCUUCGACAACGCCGAGUCGUUGCAUGACCGCCUGCCGACGCUGGCUGAGGGCGGCGGCUGCGGGCAGCUCACCUCUGAAGACAUAGAGGCAGCUGUCGACGAGGGAACGCCACUGCUGGCUGCCGGCGAGCAGCAGACGGCCUUCAGCGGCAGCCGGCCGGAGCUACCGCCGGUGCGCGAGGGGUACGGCGCAGCAGCUUCAAGGAAGCUUCCUGAGCCGCUGGACGCUGCACACCUUCCAAGCAGUUCCUCGGGCGCAGCGCAGAUCCCUGAGGCAGACCUCAUCGCGCUCAACUCGCCGCAGGAGUCUGUCAGCUCGCCGCAGGAGUCCUUUAUCGUGAAGAGCCGCUCGGCUGAGAGCCUGACCGGUCCCUCCUAUGCCGAGAAGGGCAAGGCGAAGGUGGCCUCAGCCUUCAUAGGGCUGCAGGGCGGCUGGUUGAAUGAGCCGGGUGCGCUGGCAACGGACGGUGAAAAGGCUGCAGCGGAUCUGGAUCUGCUACAGCGGACCUUCGCCGCAUGGCGGUCUGUGUCGGCCGCGCAGCAUGCACGGCGCGUUCGCGGCAACCCCGGCGAGGUCCCCCCUCAUGAGAGGCGGAAUGCGCCGCCACAGGUGUUCCUGGGCAUCGACAACAGCCGUGCGCGCGGCCGGCCGGAGCAGCCGCUGGCGAAGCUCACCUUCUUUGCGAGCUACUGGAUAGACAACCGCACCGGCAUGGACCUUGUGUUUCAGGACCACGCUGCCGCCGCGCCCAACCCCCUGCUGCUGGGGGCGCGCAUGCCCGGUGCCUUCGCGCAGGUCCUUGUGCCAGCUCUGCCGAGCCAGGAGCUGUCAGCGGCGUCGAAGGAGGUUUGGGACGUGCAGUCCGCCGAUGAGAUACUGGUCAGCCCAGUGUUGCUCAACAGCCAGGAGACGACCCGGUUUUGCCUGGCCAAGGGCCCACGCACGCGCUUCUCUCAGACCAUCCACGUCAACACUGUGGGAUCUAAGGGCAGCGUGAAGAUCCGCGACGCUGCCGUGGUGCCGCCGGCCGCCGUCCUGCGGGGCAUGCUGCGCGUGAGCGACAGUCUUCCUCGGGGCAUCUCACGUGCCAGCAUCGCCCGCGGCGGCAUGGGCCGCCUGAGCUCCCUCCGCCGCCCCUCUGUGGCGCCUGCGGCCAGCACUACCGCGGCUGAGUCAUCACCGGCGAAGCAGAUGGUUGCCCUGGAGCUUGCCGCGCAGCCUGACCGCCAGGUUGCUGGCGAGGCGGAUGCAGAGAGGCCGGUCAAGGUCUUCCUGGAUGUGGAAUUCCCGGCCGCUGCCCUCUCCCCCAAGGGGUUGCCUCCCACUCGUUAUGCGCUGUCUGGGCAGCUGGACAGUGCAGGCCAGGCAGCAUCGCUGAACGCCGUCCAGAGGCGAACCUCCCUCACUGCCGAGCCAGACCUGACCACUGUUUCAGAGUCCAAGGCGGCUGUCAACAACACGCGGCGUGCAUGGACGGUGCAUAGGGAGUAUGAGUUUGCUGUGGAGGUCACAGCGGGGCCGCCCAACUCCGUCUUCCGCCACACCAAGGUGGUGACGGUGAAGAGCCGCUUCAUCGCGGACAACCAGACGGACAUGAUCAUUGAGAUCAAGCAGAAGGGCACCCCGGAUCUGGACGACGGGCCCCUAGACCACCGCUGCGCGCGCCGACUGAAGCCGCGCGAAAGGGCAGCGAUCCACUGGGACGAUGCGGAUUUACCCAAGGAGGUGGUCAUGCGGCCGGCCAGCCACGGCGCCAACCAGUGGCACUGGAGUGGCAGCUUCCGCCUCAGCACCAGGGAGGAGUACUUUGGGCUACGCGUGAGGCACAAGAUCAACCGGGAUCGCGCUAUCAACGUUCCCGUCAACUGCACUGUAGGCCCGUCAGGAACGGUGCUGGUGACCUUCAAGAGCCACACGAUGAGCGUGCCCCCGUACCGGAUCGAGAAUCAGUGCAGCGACGUGCACAUCUACCUCGUGCAGGCCUGUCUGGCCGGCGAGCGGCCUGGACGCUGGAUCUGGCUGCCUCCGCGCCUGUCCGGCUCCUCCCUCGCCUACGCCUGGGACGAGCCCAAUGAGGAGCACCGUCUCCGAGCGCGCGUGGCUGGCAAGACUGGGACGCUGGUGCUGGCAGAGUACUCGCUGGACCGCCUCGGGGUCAAGCCAGUGCUGCGCCUGCCCACGGCCAAGCGGGGCAGCGCCGACCACCUGGCCAACUCAAACGUGCCCAGCGACCUCCAGGAGAAGGUCGCCUCGCUGCUGGCCUCCGAGUCCUCGCGCAAGGUGUAUAUUACGGUGUUUGCUGACGGCCCGACGCGCGUGCUGCGCUUUGCGGACGUGCAGAAUGUGGGCGCGGAGGAGGCGCAGCAGAGCAUUCUCGACUUGGCCGCUCGCCUCAAGCAGGUUGAGGAGGAGCUGUGGCGGGUGAAUGCGCGAUUCAGCGCGCUGCAUGGAGCUUCCGGCAUCCGCGAGCUUGACCUGUACGGCCGCGCACCCACUUCUGGGGACAGCCAGCAGCAGGCCAAGCUGGAUGCCGUCACAGCGCUGCCAUCAUCGGCUGGUGGCAGCGCGUCCCCACCGGUGCGGCUGAAGAUAGCUGGCCCUGCAGCAACCCCUCCAGCCAGCACAGCCUCGGGGAUGCUGCAGCUCGUUCCAGAGCAUGGAGCGCUAGAGUGCCAGCCUGGCAGUGCUGGGAGGGGUGUGCCAGACAGUAUGCCAGCUGGGCAGCUCCUGGACACCGGCCCCUCCACAAUGGCUGAGGCAGGUUCCUGCGCCAGUUCAGAGAGCGGCAGGUCGGUGGCAGAGGAGGAGAUAGUGGUGCCGCCGUCGCGCAUGGCUAUUCUGGAGGCGUCGGCGCUGGAGAGCCGCACGCGCCGGGGGGGUGGCGGCGACCUGGGCCACCUGCUGCCCAUGAGCGCCACCUCUCGCAACGUGCAGGGCAGCCAGCUCAUGCGAAGCGCCGCCGAGGGCGACUCCGCACUGCUGCUGGGCGGCGACCUGAUUGUGACCGUCUUCCAGGCGGAGCAGCUGCAGGGGCAACAGCGGCUGACGCACCCUUUUGCGCGCGUGCGCGUGGGGGACCAGUCACAGCUCACCACCGUCCAGUGGCAGAGCCUCAGCCCGACCUGGGAAGAGGCGCUGUUCUUCAGGGAUAUCUGCGCGGCCAGCGAGCUAGUGGUGGAGGCCUGGGAUGUUGGCGGCUCGCGAAGUAGCGAGCAGCUGCAGCGGCUGACGGUGGACCCAGUGAAAGUCAUCGCCAACUCGCGCUUCCUGGGCCGCGUGGAGGUUCCCCUGUCGGAGACGCUGCGCCUGCGACGAGGCAGCAAGCACUGGUACACGCUCAUGCGGCGGGACGCGGGUGACGCGGUGUCGGGGCGGCUGCAGCUGGGCUUCAACUGGGACGUCACUGCGCGGUCGCUGCUCAGCCUCAAGCUGGCCGCCCUGGAGAACGUGCUCUCGCAGCGCCAGGAGAUCCUGUGCGCGCUCAAUCCUGUCCCUGCCUCCACUGCCCAGCGCUGGACGCGCGACGCCCACAAGGCCCACGACGCGGCUGCCCAGGGCGGCCUGCGCAAGGUGAAGAGCGCGGAGAAGCUGCUGGACGAUGUGCUGUCCUGGCACUCGCUGGACGAGCAGAAGUCGACCCUGGUCGUCACUGUGCUGGAGGCCCGCGGCAUGCAGCCCCGCAAAGGCGUGGUGGUGGCAUUUCAGGCAAACCAGCUGCCCAAUCCGCUGGUGGAGGUGGAUGUGGCGGGUCACCCCGUGUACCAGGCGGCAACGAAGCAGACGCUGAAGCCGCACUUCCAGACGGCGGAGCCGGGGCGGUUCCAACGGCUGGCGGCUGACGCGAUGCUGACUGUGCGCCUGUUCGAUGACAAGGCGGGCCGCAAGAAGCACCUGCUCGGCGAGGCGCAGCUCUGUUGCACCCACCUCCAGGGAGUGGACCCCAUCUAUGUGUGGCUGCCCCUGACGGCUGCCAAGACCAGCCUCCCCUGGCACUCGCGCCACAGCGGCGCCCACUUCAUCGAGCCAGCCGCAGGCGUGCCUGAACUGCAGGUGCACUUGCGGCUGCAGUGGGUGCGGCAGGUGGAGCGCGGCCGCAUCAUGCACCUGGACGUCAACUUGGAAGGCCUGGGCUUCAGCGUGGUCGGGGGCUUGCAGGACGAGCUGUUCAACAUGACGCUGGACCAGCUGCGCGUGAAGGCCGAGCGCACGCGCGCAGAGGCCAAGCUGGACGGCAGCAUCCAGCGCAUCCAGCUCGACAACCAGAUGCUGGAUGCGACGCAGCCUGUGGUGCUCGCGCCGGCGUCGGCAGCGCACGCCCACGCGGAGGCGGGGAAGGCCGGCGGCCCGACGCCCAUCAUGCGCUUUGGAGUUGUGCGUAGCUUCGCCAACAGCCUGGUCUCCAGCGCGGUCGAGAGCGGCUCCGCGCCGGCGUCGCCCAUGGCCGGCCCCAGCGUGCUGCGCAAGGAGGGCGACAUCCUCUCCUUCCGCUCCCUCUACCUGGACGUGGGCGAGAUCGACGUGCAGACAGACGAUGGCUUCUUGGAGGCUUUCCUCACGUUCAUCGUAGCGCUUCCCUUGGCAGACAUAUGGCAGGACGUGGCAUGGCGGGAGCAGCAGCGGCGGCUGCUGACGGCGCAGUUCGGUCCGCGCGAGGUGGAAUCACUCGCCAUGAAUGCGGUGCUGCCGCUGGACACCGAGGACGGCUUCACAGGGACACCCCUGCGCUGGGUGCAAGAGCGAGAGCUCAAGGAGCUGGCGGUGCUGCGGGGCCAGAGCGCGCACUCCUCCUGGUUCUUCAUAGAGAGUGCGCGUAUCGGCGACAUCAACGCCAACGUCACCAUCGCUCUCACCUCAUCCAUCCUGGCCGCCCGCCACGGCGCCACCGCCCCAGAGCCAGCCUCCGGCCUGCGGCUGAUUGGAGCAUCGGGGUUUCAGUUGAUCAAUAUCAACAACGUUCCCCUCCUGCUCCGCGGGUGGUCGGUGGACACGCGCCUGAUUGGCCGCAAGGCCCUCACCAACAGCCUCAUGAGGCACUACAUUGCGCAGGCCAUCUCGGAGGCCCACAAGGCAAGCACCCUUGUGCUGGGGGGAGCAGGGCCGGCGAUUGCGGCGGUCCCCCUGACGGUGGUUUGGGCCGGGGGGUCCUUUGUGACGCUGGCGACCGGCCUCGGCGCGGGCAAGGUGGGGCCCGUCGGUGCAGUGCAGCGCGUCGGCUACGUCUUCUUCAUGAGCGUCGCCCAGGUGGUGGGCAGCUUCUCGCGCGUGGGCCUGUCGCUGUUCACAUACGUGCCGCCCAACCAGACUGGCACCUUCAGCGACACCGGCGCGCUCAACCGCGCGGUGCAACGGCCGGCCAACGCGUUUGACGCCUUCCGCCGCGCUGUGGAGGAGGGCUGCUCCGGCCUCUGGUCCGGCGUCUCCGGCGUCGUCAUGGACCCCACACAGGGGUUCCACAGUGGAGGGCUGCCGGUGGCGCUGCUGGGGGUGGCCAAGGGCUUGGCAGGGCUGGCAGUGCGGCCCACGAUGGGACUGCUGGAGAUGACCAGCAAGGGGACGUAUGGCAUGGGGCUGGUGUGCCUGGGGCGCGAGGCCAUCUCCGGUAGCACGCUGCGUCGCGCGGUGGAGAGUGCGAAGGACCCGGAGGUUCGCGCGCGCAACCAGCGGCUCAUCCAGUCCUGGCAGGCCGCGCUGCCCACCCUCUUCCCUGCCAUCAAGGCUGGGCGGGUGCUGGACGUAAUGCAGGCAGGGGAGAAGCGUGUAGUUUUGGUGACUGACAAGGAUGUGGCGCUGCUGCGGAUGCGGAUUGUGUCGCUGCGGUCGACUUACCGGCCCAUGUGGUUUGUGCGGCUUUCAAGCAUCCAGACAGUGCGAGGUGACAGCGAGCGGCUGCGCAUCGUGAUUGACUACCUGCACCAGGUGGACACGCACUGCCUGGGCGCGUGGACGGUGCCCGGGCGCAAGCGCAUUCCCUGUUCCAGCCGCGACGUGCUCGAGCGGCUGGCGCUGAAAAUCAACUACAACAUCCGCACAGUGUCCCAGGGCGCGCCGCCGCUGCCGGACACGGAUUUUGCGCGGUUUGCAGCGCGGGAACUGAGCAUAUUUGGCUGAGCUGCUUGAUGGAAGACUGGAUCCAGUUAGAACGAUACCAUCAUUUUUGAAGGAGCUACCCAUAGGAACUCCCAGAGGCGGUUGCAAAACACCGCGGUGGAACAGAAUCGGGUUAAUGCUUGGAGCCUGUUGAGUGCAGAUUGUGUGAACCUCUUCCAGAGACUUCGAAUGUUUUUUUUUUCGAAUGAAUUUGAACGGCAUGCUUUUGAUGGUCAUGGAACGUCCUGAUCCUUCAUAUAAAAGCGGUUUGCAGCGCGGGAACUGAGCAUAUUUGGCUGAGCUGGCUCGAUGGAAGAUUGGAUCCAGUCAGAAUGAUACGAUCAUUUUCAAGUAGCUACCUAUAGGAACUCCCAUAGGCGGUUGCAAAACACCGCGGUGGAAUAGGAUCGGGUUCAUGCUUGGAGCCUAUUGAGCGCAGUUUGUGUGAACCUCUUCGAUAGACCUGGAAUAUUGUGUGAAUGCCAUGAUUUUGUUGGUCUCCGAACGUUUUGAUCCUUCAUAUGAAACACCUGUCUGGAAAGUUGCAGGCUCAGUCUGUGGGGCUCUGUCAGGAAGCCGCCCUCAGGCUGCAAUUGCAUUGCCCUUGCUUUCGUUGGCUUUGUAUUCUUGGCAAUCACCAUUAUGGAUCUUACAUGUGCAGUAAGAGAUGCUGUCACAGUCUCAUAUAACGGUUGUAUGAGACUCAAGACUUCUGCUGACAAAAAUUUUACUCAGCCUGCGUUGAUUCCGAGUAUUUCCUGGUCUUAAGAGUACUUCCUGGUC